GGACGAGGUGGACACCAACACCGAUCCCAGUAUCAGACCCUGUGGAUGUGAAGAAAGCAUCUAAAUAUCUCUGCCUGCUUUGAUUUGUACUCAACAGAAUCCAGAGUUGGUCCAGCUGUCCCUGUGGAGAUCUGCUGGAGUUCAGUACAAUAGAGGAAUGGAAGAGGACCAGAACCCGGAGCAGUGGACCAAACAGGUCCCCAGAGGACCAGCAGCAGGCCCGGCCUAUGGUACCAGCCAUGUUCAGAAACGGAGAGGAGAGGGACCCAAACGUCAGCACUGUCAGCACUGUGAGAAAUCCUUCUCAACAUCUGGAUAUUUAAAGAGUCAUCUGAGAGUUCACACUGGAGAGAAACUACACAGCUGUGAUCAAUGUGGGGCAGCUUUCACACAACAGUGUUACCUAAAAAUACAUCAACGCAGUCACACUGGAGAGAAGCCGUACAGCUGUGAUCAAUGUGGUGCAACUUUCACACUGCAGGGACACCUAAAAACACAUCAACACAUUCACACUGGAGAGAAGCCGUACAGCUGCUAUCAAUGUGGGGCAGCUUUUCACACAACAGAGUCAUAACUGAAAAAGUACACUAUCUUAGUGAGAGUAAUAAACAUAGAUUAUAAAUUGAACAGUCAGCCUAAUUAAAUGUUCCUUUUAAAGCUUGGAUCCCAAACUUACAUACAGUGCACUCGAGUCAACCUUGCACAGUGUUCCAGACUCCACUAAUCCACACCUGCUGAAGCGCCUCGCAUGGAUGUCCCUUCAUCAUCUUUAUCCAGCUCCCAACAGAACAUGUCCACUUUCUUGGCUGUAGUGAAUGUGAGCGUUCUCCCUCCGCCAGUUACUUUAAGGGUGGCUGGAUAAAUAAGAAAGUUUGUAAUUUACGCUGUACUCCUAUACACUCCUGGUGCUGCUGGACGGUGAAAGCACUGUAGCCAGGCUUAAAAUGCAGCAUUGCAUUGGAGUCCUGAAUCGGGCCUUCCUGCUGACCCCUGAAGGACUGCUUGGCGGUCCUGGUAUCUCAGACACCUUCAAAUCAGCGUAUGUGUCAUUGUACCCUUGCCGUUGAUUCUGUGUGCUCUGUCCAUGUUGAUGGUGGCCCUGUUCUGUAAGGAGGGACUCCAAACCAGUAGCUGUUUCUGCAGGAAUCCCAUUGGAUCGUCUUUUUCAGUCCAAAAAUGCGA